GCCCCGGCGGGGCUGACGGUGUUAUGUAACGGUGGGGCCGGAGCGGCUGUGCGGUGUUGGGGGUCGGUCCACCCCGCCGCGUCCGCCGGUAUUGCAUCUCGUGUUCUGGAACGCCUGCAGGGAUGGUGACCUCCCCUCCCCCCCCCCCAGGCAGUCUGUGCCAGCGCAGCACCGCUCUUCCCCAGGAGGAAUUUCUCCUAAUGCCCCACCUGACCCCCCCGCCCCAACGUGAGGCCGUGGGGAGCACAGCCGGCCGCCCCCAUCUCCUUUCAGGGAGCGGUGAGGUCCCCCUCAGCCCCCUCUGCUCCACACCACUCCGCACUCCGUGAUCCCCCCGAAAUACGGGACACACUGGGGGGGGUCCUGCGGUGGCUCUGCGGGCAGCGCGCACCCCACGUGGGCAGCCCCAACGCGUGCUUCGAGCUCCGUCCGCUUUGCAGUGGAAGCCCUUCACCCCCCCCGGCCCGGCAGGCGGUGUGGGGCCGUCCCUCCUCCUCCAGCCCCGCUCCGUGGGGCGCAGCGCGCAGCCAAAGGCAGCUCGGCACGAGGCCGCCCCGAACGCCGCUCACUGCCGCCCUCCGCCCGCAGCCGCUGUCCCUGCGGCUCUCAUCGCCCCUUCUUCCUCUCCGUAUCCCCCCCGCCAUCCCCCGCUGUGUCCCCCCGGCACAGCCCCGUGCCGCUGCCGCUGCGUGCCGCUGCCUCCCACCCGCUGUGCCACGCACUUUCGUCCCCCUCCCCUCCGAACCCGCUUAGAACCGAUGCAGUUGGAAGCAAACUUAACUUUUCUAUUACCGCACAUCUCUCUUACCCAGGUGCUUAAUUACCAUUGUCCCAGGGAAAUGUCAGCGUGACUCACAGGCGGUUUCCCAUUAGGAAGAGACGGAUGAAUAUUAAUUACGCUGGCAGGUGGGCGGGUUUGGUGGCAGCGCCUUUCCCAAAAGGGCCGUGUCACCCCCACGCCCACCCGGACCGCGGGGACCAGAACGCGUCCGGCCCUGCGCACAUAGAAAGUAAUGGGGGCUGCGGGGCUCUGCGGAUGGGAGACCCCCAUCUCUCCCUGCGGCGAGCGAGGUGGAGGCACCUGCUCCAUCCCGUGCGCAUGGGUCCGCCUCCAGAAGCCCCACUCCCUAUAGGGCAAUACCUGGGGAUGGGGAUGCUCCAGGUGUGUGCUGGGAGCCGGUGCUGCUGCCGGCAGGGCUGCUUUUGGGAUGCUCCACACCGUGAUCCCUGGGCACGGCACACACCUGGAGAUAGGGCUCCCAGAGCAGCUACAGCAGGAUGGGAACUAAUGGUGCACCGGCAGGAGGUUGGUCCUGGGGACGUGCAGGGCGAGAUAGGGACUGCUGCUGGCUGCAUGUAGUGGUUUUGGUGUGAGAACCCUCUGUGGAAGCCCGUGGUGCUCAGUAGUGAGGGUGAAACCUCCUGGGGCUGCCCACACAGCACUGAGGAUGCCAGUGUGGUUUGUGGCUGCCUUUUGUUCUCGGCUUUGUUCUGCUCCUGCAAACCUUCAGCUGGGGGUGAAAACACUGCUGUCCCCUCCCUGUGCGCUCACUGGGACUGAGCAUCCCCAUCGCUGCAGGACUGCUACCUCCCAGCACGGCUUCUGCGGGCUACAUCCCCUAUGUCAGCCCUGGGAAGUGGGGGAUGCUUGGCCCUCGCUUCACCCCUCCAUGCCCUGCUCCCUGGCUGAGCCAAAACCCACGCCCAGCAAAACCCACGAGGUGCCACGUGCUGUCCACAUGUGGCACCCCAAAGGUGGUGGUGGCAGUGCAGGCAGCCAGCUCCCAGCCAUGCCCAUUCCCUGUGCAUGGGGAAGGCUGAGCGCGGGCACCGCGUCCGGCAGCUGGUGCUCGAGCCGGGGAGAGAGGCAGGUUGCUGGGAAACAUCCCUCUUGAGCACCGAUAAAAAUAGCUCCGUCUUCAAGGCGAGAGGGCGGGCUGUGCGGCAGCCGAUGGGGCAGUGGGGAUGGGAUGGGAUGGGAUGGGGGUGGGAAUGGGAUGGGGAUGGAAUGGGCACAGGGUGCUUUGGUGUAGUGUGUGGGCACUGGGGCUGUCAGGAUGCAGUGCUGAUGAGGCACAGUGGUGCAUGGGUUGGGGGUUCCCCAGCACUGCCCAUCCCCAAAUUGGGCUUAGAGAUAUGUGCCCAGGGUAUGGCGCUAAGCGGAGGGUGCAGGGGCUCCCUGCCUCCCACCACCACUCUCCCCCAGCCCUUUUGUGUUCAUCUCUUGGGGUUUGUCCCCAAGAGGAGUUUGGCUUUGCCCCUUGCCCUUUGGGUGGCCUCCAUCCUCUCCCCAGCUUCACCACAAGGCUGGGGCUUCUCCCAAGCUGGGAGCAUGAAGCUGAGGGCUCCCCAUCUCCCACACCUCGGGCAGGGCUUGCAUUCAGCACCCAGCAGCCAAGAGAGACCCCUGCCCACUGCCCACGCCGAGGACCCCAACGGGGUAGCAGCGACCAGGGGGCAUCCUGGAGCGCUCACACCCGGCCCCAGGGGCUGCAGCGAGGGAGCCCACCCGGGCUGUGGCGGGGAUGCUGCGGGGCUGAUUAUUCACAGCUUUCCUCGCCCCGAUUGGCUCCGCAGCGCUGAGCGGAGUGGGGCCCCGCCGCAGGAGGAGACUCGGUGGCCAUAAAAGCGGGCGGGCGGGCGGCGGGCGGUGAGUACGGUGUGCACCCAGCGUGGCCCAUGCCCAGCUCAGCCUGACCCGAGAGCACAGCACAGCACAGCGGGACGGGGCACGCAGCAGGUAGGGACGGGGUGCAUGGAUUUGGGGUUCCCUUCUCUUUACCCGCACGCACCUUGAUGCUGGGCAUCGCUGCUGCUCGAGGGAGUGUGACUCAGUUUGUUUCAAAACAUCCCCGAGCUGCCGUGCUGGGAGCAUCUCGCACUUCACUCGUUGCUUUAUUGCUUUAUUUCAAGACUCACACGCUCGCUGCAGGUGCCCCACUCAUCCCCCGGCGGUUUCGCAGCAUCGCUAUCCUGGGGCUCGGGGCGAUGCUGAUGCCAUGGCUGUGUGCUCAUAUGGAGACAGCACAGCCCCAGAGCAAUGCUGAGCUCAGAGAGGGGACGGGAUGGGUGAUGGCACAGCGCUGGGUGUGCUGUGAUUUGAAAGGUCAUUGUAAGGAGAGGAGAGAGCUGCUGGGAGUGGGCUCUGCUCCUCCACAGGUAUCUGUGUGUCCCAAGCUGUCUGGGAGAAACACCUGCAGCUCGGGUGUGUGCACUGAGUGGUGACAUCUCUGUGUAGAAAUGCUCAGAGAUGCAGAGGGUGACGGUUGGGAGCAAAGCCCUCCAUGGCCGUGCUGUGCUCUGGCACCUGCUGCGCACCCGGGGCUGCUCUCCAUUCCCCCAUGCCGGUGCAUCCAGGGCUGUAACCUGGAGCUGUGGUGCACAGACGCACCUGGGGCUGUCCUAAAGGCACCAAAAACCUGAGCAGAAAAGGGGCAGAGAAGGAGCGGCCAUGCAGCACACACAGGACACGGGUAGGAACCCAGAGCUACCUCAGUCCCUUGCAGCACUGCUGUGAUCGUGCAGACGCAUUCCCCAGGAUGGAUGCUCCGGGCAGAGCUCACCUCAGGGUGCUCCAGGUCCCACGGUCCCACACUGCAACCCCUUUUUCUUCCUCUUCCCUUUGUCUCUCCCCUUUCUGAGCAUCCCUUCUCACUUUCACAUAAAGCCCUGCCUUGCCUCCCCUUUCCCUGCCCCGCUCUCUCCCCCUCCUGCAGCAGCAGGACGGCAAAGCACCGUGGGAGCAUCUGUGCUGAGGUACGUUCACAGGGGGUGCACGGGGCACUGCGGGGCUGCAGCAUCCAGGCAUCAUAGCACGGCCAGCACUUACCUUAGCAGCAGGUGAGUCCUCUCUCCUCGCUUAGUGCCACUGAGAUGAGCAGGGGCUGUCAGUGCUGCUGUGCCCAUCUCCGUGCCCAUCCCAGGGUGAUGCGCUCGGGCUGUGCGGCGCAGCCGAAGGAUGCAGAUUUCUCGACACACGAUGGUGCAGAUAAUUCAAAUUCAAAUUUAAUUUAGCAUGAAUUAAUACUGUGGCAUUAACAUUUCUUCAUCAGCGCCAAUUAGAGUACAUUAGCAGACAGUGCCGAAGAAUACAAUAGUCUCUAAUAUGCGUCAUUAACGUGUAACUGAUCCCUCUGGGUCAUGCCUUCCCACCUCGGAUUGAAGCAGGCGCGGAGGCGGUGGGAUGCUGUUGGGUCGGCUCUUGCUCCUGGAACUGGUGGCACUGCGGCCCCUGGGUUCUGCAGGUGCUGCUCCGGGUUCUGGUGCCCCACUCCAACCCGCUGCACAGCACAUGCAGCCCUCCUGGCCUCGUGCGGGGCUCUCGGAGCCUGGAGAGCGGUGGUUGCAGCCAGCAGGUAGGAUUAAGCCUGGGAUCAGCGUUCUGCCCCUCCCCACGCAAGCAGCAGGUGGGAUGAGGGAUGCAGGGGGUGCAGCGUGGGGUGAGGCUGUGCUGGAGGUGGGUGACCCCGUGCCCCUGUCCUGCCCUGCAUCCUCCGCCCCCUUCUGCCCGCGGCUCCAUGUCUCGGCACUGUUCUUCCCCGGCCAAGGGGAGGGCUGAUUCAUCCCCUCCGUGCCACGCAAACGCGCAAUGGCAAUAUUGCAGAGAGCUGUGAUGCUGGAAGGAACGAGAGACUCUGCCUGCAAAUGAUACGUGCCGGGCGGUGGAAGGGCUGGGAUGGCGCUUUGGUCCUCGUGCAUGAGCCCACACGGGUCAGUGUCCUGCAGCAUCCCUUGGGGCGCUCCCCUGGGAGCAGAUCCCAGAGGUGGGUCGUGUGGGUGCAGGCACAGCUCCCCAGGACCAGGCAGAGGAGGUGGGUGCCCGCUGCACACCAACGGGCUCUGGGCAUGGAUAAGUGUUGGCUCCCAGCUCUGGGAUCAGAUAGGUGAUGCUCUGUGUACUCUCACCCUACCCAGGCAGCGGGGCACAAUGGCACAGCGGGUGCUGGCGCUGGUACUCUGCCUGUCUCUGGCUGCAACAGCCUCCGCCGACUGUGCGACCCAGUGCUCCCUCUGUGCCAACCAGGCACGUGGCACCGAGAGCAGCAUGCAGCCCCUGAUGUGCCUGUGGCAGUGCCAGGGCUCCUCUCCGCCUGGCGCCGAGUGGGAGAGCUGCAGGAAGGCACUGGCACUCCUGGCCCCGCUGGUGGCCCUGGCCGAGGGGACAGAAGGGACAGAACCAUCCCCAGCAGAGGCGGAGGAUGAGGCAGAGCCGGAGCAGGAUCCCAGCCCCGAGGAGCUGCCACUGGCACCAGCCAAACGCUACGGAGGCUUCAUGAAGAAGCUGGCCAAGGGGAGGCUGCUGUCUCUGCUGCGCGACAACGCCCACAGCAAGGGCGGCCUCAGCAAGAAGUCGGGGGGCUUCAGCCACGGUCCAGGGGAGCGGGCGGCCCCUGAGAACUACCCGGGGCCGGGGGGGGGCGAGGAGCCCGAGGGUGCGGGGGCUGAGGGGCAGGAGCUGGCCGAGCUGCACAAGCGCUACGGGGGCUUCAUGCGCCGCAUCCGGCCCAAGCUCAAGUGGGACAAUCAGAAGCGGUACGGGGGUUUUCUGCGGCGGCAGUUCAAGGUGACCACGCGCUCGGAUGAGGACCCCAGCGCCUACUCAGGAGAGGUCUUAGACCUAUAGAGCCCGGCAUGGGACAGGUCCCCGUGCCACCAGCCCGACCCCUGCCGUCACCCCAUCCCCAUCCCUUUGUCCCCUGCUCCAAGCGGCUGCCACCACCCUCGCCUCAUCGUCCUCAAAGGGCCACGGGCUCCGCCACCCCCACCCCAGCCCUGUAAAUGUCCCAGUUCUGCCCCCCGUUGUCUCUCUCUGGUUCACCUGCACACCCUUUAGGGACCCUGCGCACCCAGGGGAUGGUAUCACACCCCAGCUGCUGGCAGCACAUCCAGUGGGGAUGCAACCCCAGCCCUGCCACAGCUGCAGAUGCACAGCUGGGGCUGGAAAACAUCGCAGCUGAUGGAUGAGGGAACAGCUUCCAAGCCCCAGGAAGGAUGAGCCUGAGCAGGGCUGGGACGCAGCCAGCGGGGCCAGGGGGCUGUACAGUGGCCAUAGGGAGGGGUGGCAGGGCAGCAGGGGGCUGAGCAUCCCCAUCCCUUCCCCAGUCCACCCAUUGCACCCCGCUCAUCCUAGCGCCCACCUGGUCCCGCUGCCUUCCCUGAUACAAGAACACUCUCUGGUUCACCCCAUCUGGGCCCCCUGCUCCCCCCACAGCCAAUAAAAGGCAGAUGCCAACAAAGCCAUGGUGGAUGCUGAGCAUCAUCUUCCUCCGGGUGGAUCCAGUCCUCAGGGACGAGGGGAUCACACACCCCAAACCAGGGCCUGGGGAGUGCUCCCAAAUCCCAUUGCUGCUACCCUAAGGCCACGCCGUGGUUGCGAACCCAGGCACAGUGACCAAACCAUCCCAUUCCCACACAUGCUUUGAGCACAGUGCGACCGCCAGCAGCAGCUCUGUGCCAGCAAACCCCAACCCGUGCAGAACUUUUCCCUAGCCUCCCUGCCCAGGGCUGCAUGCAACCUAAGCUGUUGGGGGAUGCAUGCUCAGGGCCCCAGCACCGACCACCCCAACCCCAGCAUCACCUCUCCUCCUCCUUUUCCCUUUGCUGCAGCACUGGAUGAACCCCCUCCAAAAACAACACGAGCUGCUGCUGGCCCCCCCACCACACACUGACAGCCCCGAGAGCCACCCACACACAGGACUUUCCACUUUUAUUAUAAAAAUAUCUCGCAAGCAAAAAGAAAAAAAAAAAAGAAGAAAAAAAAAUCAUGGUCAGUACAGGCAGUCACACAGAUCCCAAAGCAGUGCCAGGGCUUCCCCCACCCCACACCAGUCCCAUGGGUGCUGAAGGGGGGGGGGUCCUGGGGCAGGGGACACA